UCCCUCCUCCUGCUGCUGCCGCCGCCGCCGCCGCCGCCGCUGCUUUGGCUGCUGCGUCAUACGCCCCAGAGCAGCCGGGACGGAGGGGCCGGGCCUGGGGACCCCCCCAGCCUCUGUCUGCCCCCUCCUCCGGACGCCUGGACAUCUCGGCCCCCGCCCCGGCCCCCCCACGGCUCCCCCUCCCCAGCUCCCCGGCGGCCGCAGCUGUCACCGGCUCCCCAGGAUGCAAUGGCGCAGCCCUCCCGGCUGAGCCGCUCUGCCGCCCCCCAACCCUGGGAGCCCACUCCCCCAGCCCCUUCCCCAGGCACCAGACCCCGGCUUUGGGAGGGGCAAGAUGUUCUGGCCAGAUGGACCGAUGGACUCCUUUACCUGGGAACUAUCAAGAAGGUGGAUAGUGCUCGGGAGGUCUGUCUAGUCCAGUUUGAAGAUGAUUCCCAGUUUCUUGUUCUAUGGAAGGACAUUAGCCCUGCUGCCCUCCCUGGAGAAGAGCUCCUGUGCUGUGUCUGUCGAUCUGAGUCUGUGGUCCCUGGGAACCGGCUGGUCAGCUGUGAGAAAUGUCGACAUGCAUAUCACCAGGAUUGCCACAUUCCAAGAGCCCCAGCCCCUGGAGAAGGAGAUGGCCCAUCCCCUUGGGUCUGCAGACAGUGUGUCUUUGCAAUUGCCACUAAGAGGGGAGGUGCCCUGAAGAAGGGGCCUUACGCACGGGCAAUGCUGGGGAUGAAGUUGUCUCUGCCAUAUGGGCUGAAGGGGCUGGACUGGGAUGCAGCACACCUGAGCAACCGGCAGCAGAGCUACUGUUACUGCGGGGGCCCUGGGGAGUGGAAUCUAAAGAUGCUACAGUGUCGGAGUUGCCUCCAGUGGUUUCAUGAGGCCUGCACUCAGUGUCUGAGCAAACCCCUGUUGUAUGGGGACAGAUUCUAUGAGUUUGAGUGUUGUGUCUGCCGAGGGGGACCUGAAAGUGUCAAAAGACUUCAGCUUCGAUGGGUGGAUGUUGCACAUCUUGUCCUCUAUCACCUCAGUGUUUGCUGUAAGAAGAAAUAUUUUGACUUUGACCGAGAGAUCCUGCCAUUCACUUCAGAGAACUGGGACAGCUUACUCCUGGGGGAGCUCUCAGACACCCCUAAAGGAGAGCGUUCCUCUCAACUUCUCUCUGCUCUAAACAGCCACAAGGACCGGUUUAUCUCUGGGAAAGAGAUAAAGAAACGGAAAUGUCUGUUUGGGCUCCAUGCUCGGACUCCUCCCCCUGUGGAACCCCCCACUGGAGAUGGAGCACACACCAGCUUCCCUUCAGGGCAGGGCCCGGGGGUGGGGGUCUCACGCCCCCUGGGGAAGCGUCGGCGACUGGAGCCAGAACCUCGGAAGAAGAAAUCACCAAAGGGGAAGGAAGAAGAGCUGGGGGAACCCCAGGAGGGGCGGGAUCGGCCAGAGCCCAGGGAGCAGAGGGAGCAGGCACGUCUUCGGAGGGCGCUGCAGGCUUCAGUGUCUCCACCUCCCCCCAGCCCUAACCAGAGCUACCAGGGCAGCAGUGGCUACAAUUUCCGGCCCACGGAUGCCCGCUGCCUGCCCAGCAGCCCCAUCCGGAUGUUCGCCUCCUUCCACCCCUCGGCCAGCACUGCAGGAACCCCUGGGGAUGGAGAACCCCCAGACAGGUCACCCCUGGACCUUCAAGUUGCUGGUUUCCCUUCAGAUUCCCCAAGGAGCAUUCCCCACUCAACAUCAUCUUCAUCCCCAGGCCCCUCUCCUGUUCCCUCCCGAAGAUCAGCUCCCCAGGGUCCUUCUCCUCUAUGUCGUGGCUUAUCUCCUGGAGCUGGUGUGGGAACCCGGGUAGGGGCUGGGUACCUGUCCCGAGGAGACCCUGUCCGUGUGCUGGCUCGGAGGGUUCGACCUGAUGGCUCUGUGCAGUACCUUGUGGAGUGGGGUGGGGGAGGCAUCUUCUAAAAGGAGGAGCUGAUUGCUCUUCCUCUCCUUAGCCCUUAUUCACAUACAUACAACAGGCACUUUCACACCCUGACUUCUGACCUCACCUGCAGCUGGGAUGUACCUGGGGGGGGUGGUCUGGGGUGGGGGUCCUUCCCUACCACCCAGGCUGGAGUCAGGUGGGGAGAGGCCCCUUUCUUCCUCAACCACCCCUUCAUGAUUCCUGACCCUACAGCCUUUUUCCCAUUUCCCGUGAUAUUUUGUUACAGCUUUUUUUAUAUUUUUAAAAGUUAUUUAACCCCUUAGGGGAAGGGGAGGGGGAUAGAAUAGGGAAUCCUGGGCUCUGUAUGGUUGGAAAUAAAGAUAAAUAUAACCUUCAGAAA